AUGUCGCUGGGCGGAAGUGAAUUGCUAUGUUCUAUUCUGAACCGGGUCAGCGACCUGGAGCGUGACGUUGCCCUGUUACAGAAGCAAUCGACGGUUGAAGAGAAGGCUACCCUUGGAGAGGACCCGUCUGCAGCUGGAUUGAAAUCAGCAGUGGAGGCUCUCGCUUCGGCAACUGCCGUGUUUGCGAAAGUGCGAGAAUAUGACUCACUCGCCAUCAGCAGGUCCCUGGACUUGCUGUGGGCGGACGGUCACUUUCCUUUACAAGGAGCUGACGGAGAGCUUCUUCGCACAGUGGCGAGAUCUCUUGUGUUGGCAUCCUGCAGGAGACGGCACGCUGAGAGGUGUUGGGAAGAAGUCCCAGCUAUGCGAAUGAGUCCAAUUAAGAGCGCUAACAAGAAAAGCGUCCCCGGCACAUCGCAGUUCGAAAAUGUUGAGGGCGAGCCUGAGCGGGUGGUGCAGCAAAAAAGUGAUGAAAGGAAUGGUAGAAUGGACGAUGACCCGCGCCAUUACCGUAAAGACCCGGUCACUGCAAAAAGGGAGAGGACACCAUAA